AUGGAGACACCCCAGCAGCCGCAGGACGCGCUGCAACUGAGCGCACUGGCGUCUCAGAAUGCGCUCAUCUCCCGAAACCUGUACACGAGGGCCGCAGAACAACCCAAUGGCAAGCGACAGAAAUUGGACGACGUGUUUGAAGAUCCCAUAAUGAAGCGCCGAUUCGAAGCUGAAUACUCCAACGUGACGACGCUACCCGCCUCCCUCGCAGCCAGACAACCGUCGGCCAAGCCUGGCAAGAAAAUAGCCUCCAAACAAAAGGCUACUGGACCAGCACGACCAGCGCAGAAGAUGCUCGAAGCUGGGCCAGGUUCCUCAGCUGUUCCAACACCAUCCGCAAACGACUCGCCAAAUAACAACAAUAUGACGCUGACAACAAGAGGUUCGCAAACCUUUCAACAGCCAAAGCCCGAGUGGCAUCCCCCGUGGAAGCUAAUGCGCGUCAUCUCUGGACAUCUCGGCUGGGUGCGCAGUUUGGCCGUCGAGCCAGGAAACAAGUGGUUUGCCAGCGGAGCGGGCGACAGAACUAUCAAGAUUUGGGAUCUGGCCACCGGUUCUCUGCGCCUGACACUCACAGGGCACAUCAGCACGGUUCGUGGCCUAGCAGUCUCGCCACGACACCCCUAUCUGUUCUCCUGUGGCGAAGACAAAAUGGUCAAGUGCUGGGACUUGGAAACAAACAAAGUAAUCCGACACUACCACGGCCAUCUCAGCGGCGUGUACGCCCUUUCCCUCCACCCGACCCUCGAUGUGCUCGUCACCGGUGGUCGUGACGGCGUUGCCCGAGUCUGGGAUAUGCGAACGCGUAGCAACAUUCACGUGCUUUCCGGACACACAGGGACCGUCGCCGACGUCAAGUGCCAGGAGGCUGAUCCCCAGGUCAUCACCGGAUCUCUCGACUCUACUGUCAGAUUGUGGGAUCUCGCCGCAGGCAAAACCAUGGGUGUCCUGACGCAUCACAAGAAGGGUGUUCGCGCCCUGGCUUGCCACCCUACCGAAUUUACCUUUGCGAGCGGCAGCACGGGGAGCAUCAAACAAUGGAAGUGUCCUGAGGGGGCGUUUAUGCAGAAUUUUGAAGGACACAAUGCCAUUAUCAACACUUUGAGUGUUAACCAGAACAAUGUUUUCUUCUCAGGAGGUGACAAUGGUUCAAUGAGUUUCUGGGAUUGGAAGACCGGCUACCGCUUCCAGUCACUAGAUACCACGGCCCAGCCCGGCUCUCUGGAUGCUGAAGCGGGUAUUAUGGCUUCGACAUUUGAUCGCUCAGGCUUGCGUUUGAUUUGUGGCGAAGCUGACAAGACGAUUAAAAUUUGGAAACCCGAUGACAAAGCUACUGAGGAAUCACACCCAUUACAAUGGGCCCCUUCACUAGGGCGACGCAAGUUUUGA